ACCCACAGAGCGUGCGCGGCAUAUGUCAAUCCUCCAUAUUUGAUGAUAGUGGUUUCCCAAAAACGUCUAUCCAGUGGAGAAAGUUUGAAAAAAUAGCAACAUUCCUCAAACUUAUCUGAAAUAAUGUGUUACAAAUUAUAUUUAGUGAUAAAGUGAUGUGAGAUGUGGUGAAGGCCAGGCCACCAGCCUAUUAUAUUUAUUUAUUGUCAGUAGUUUGUAGCUCAAGAAGAAACAAUGCCGGGGCCACCGCCGCCGCCACCCCCUGGCAUGAUGCCGCCUCCACCACCGGCCCCAACAUCCUUCCCCAAAGCCGGCAAACCGGACGAUCGAGCGGCGCUAUUGAAAUCGAUCCAGAAAGGCACCAGAUUGAAGAAAACUGUAACGAAUGACCGAAGUGCGCCAGUGAUAGGGGGGAAGACAAACAACAAUUCCAACAGUUCAGGUCCGCCGAGUGUGGGGGGAACCCCACCGUCGACUCCAAAUGGGUUAAAUUUAGGCGGAUUGUUUGCUGGAGGGAUGCCCAAGUUGAAACCGACGGGGAAAUUGCCAGCGAAUAGUGUUAAUAAUGGGAAAGUAGGGCUUCCGGUCAAGAAUUCGAGUAGUUUACAAAAUGAAUUGAAAAAACAAAUGGCAAGUGAUAAUAAAAACCGAGGGCCGCCACCACCGGCUCCGGUCAGAAAUAUUCCCGAAGAAAACGGUACACGUCAACUCUCUUCAUUAAAAGUCGGCUCAACGAACGGUUUACACUUAAAUCAAAGUUCUCUUUUCUCAAACCUCCAACAACAAAACAGCACUCUCCAUAGAAAAGUCAAAAGUAAUGCCAACCUAAGCACGUUAGAUAGUCCCGAUUCAAUAAACGGUUUCAACCAAACUACCAAACCUGUGAUCAGUCACGGAAAACCAAAUCUAGCUCCAAAACCGCCAGUACUCAACGCUAAACCAGUGGCUCCACCGAAAAAACUCGUCAUCAACGGCAAACCCGUCGGCCGCGCCCACAGUAUGCGCAGCCCCCGGACACCUUCGCCGCAAAGCCCUGACGCUAACGUCCCUAUGAAAUUUGGCACGGUUCGCAACCUGUCAUCUGUCAUUGGCCAAAGUCUGGCAAAUUCCACCGGAAAUUUAAGCCCCAGACAAAGGCCGGCGUUGAACGGCCGACCGAAUGCUCCUCCACCCUCUAUACCAUCGCAACAACCGCCUCCACCUCCGCCCCAUGGCAACCAACUGCCUCUUCCACCCUCGAAAACCGGUUCGGUUAAACCGCCGAAUCAUGCGCCGCCUCCACCUCCUUCCGCGUUACCUCAACCUCCCAAUCACACGCCGCCGCUGCCGCCUCACCGGAUGGUCCCAUCGAGAGCGCCACCGGCGGUGCCAAGUAAUAAUUUUGCGCCGCCCCCGCCACCGAGAAAUUCGUCGAUGACGUCGAAUAGAAAGAUUGUGAUGGAUUUGGAAGAGAAAUACAAGCAUAUGUUUAAUGACCCUAGUACUUUUCCUAAACCGCCACCGUAUAGGAAUGUUUUUAAAUUUUACGCAAGUAAGCAAGACUCCAAUUGCUAAACGGACUUGCAGCUGCAUGUUCACCAUUGGCAUUGCAUGACUACUAACAACAUUAUUUACUGGUGACUUUUGUUUAAUUGGAACACUUUUUGAUUUUUCUGUAAAUACGUUUCAUUUUGUUUUUUCCAUAAUAUUACCUAAUGGGAAUGUUUUGUUUUUGUUGUUUUAUGCAAUAGUUGUAUAUUGCUUCCUACCCUAACAUAAGCUUAUUGCGUAAAAAUGUGACUGUCUGGAACCACAUGUCAUGAGCUGGUCAGAUUUUGUUGCUUUUUGCGUUGUGAAAAUAACCGAUUUGUCAUUGUUGUGAAUUAUUGUAGCUGCUAGUAAACAACAGGCGCCACAACCGCCCAAUUUGCAAUCGACAAGUAGAACUUGGGACGCAUCAUCAGCCUGCUAGCACCAAAUUUCCUAAAUUUUUAAUUGUUGCUCAAGUGUGUGCAAUUGUCAUAUCAAUAAUUCAUUUCCGGUGGACUCUAAAAUAUAGCUUUAUAUUAUAAUAAAAUUACGACUGGAUUGUUGAACAAAGUGCUUUACGUUUGAAAUAUUAUGUUAAAUGGACAGGCAAGCUGUUAUAUGUUUCAAAAUGAUUGAACAAUAUUGUUAGUCUCGUUGGCUGUGGAUUUUUCUGUAGGGUGAUUUUUGUUUUUUAUUUUCCAUUGUCGAGAGUUAUUAGAAAGACUGCUUAGAAUAAUUAAGAUAUUUUUCUAGCAGUAUUUUCGAGUUGGAAAGAAUUACCAAGUACAUAUUUGAAAAGUUUUGUACCGUUCCUAGUUUUAAAUUUAUGAUCAAAGUGGUCUCUUGAAAUAUGUAGAGACAGAAAAUAUGACAAAUUUCAUACUCUCUGUUUCUAUUUUAAACAGUGUUGCAACUUAAGUUUUAUAUUACACGCCACUCCGAUUAGAAAUUUAAUUAAAGGCACGGUGUUAGUCAAAUUGACCGGUUUAAUUAAACGUAUUUUUUUAUUAGUCAUUUAUUUGUUUAAAAAUAACACUUGUUAUAGUUUUUCACGUAAUUAAAUAAAAACCAAAUCUAAUAUAAUAGAGUUUAAGUCUAAUAAACACUAAAUUAGGUACUUAUAUCCUUAAGUAUUGUGCUAUUUUUUGAAGCAAAUAUGAUCGACAUUUAAACAUAUUUGCUCUUUUAGCAUUUCAUUUUUUAUUAAUUUAUUUAUCAUUUGUAUUUUAUUUGUAGUCUUAUCUUCUUAUUAGUAUUUUUUAUUAUUUCAUAUUUUACAUACUUUUCUCUAGAUUUUAAAAAUUGUUAUUGCUAGUCACAAUAAUAUCUUCCAUUAGCAAAUAUUUCAGUCAGUGCCUAAAUAAUCUUUAAAUGUAUAUACAAUUGUAAAUAUAAUGUACAAAAUUAUAAUAAAAAAAGUAAUAUUC